CUUUCUCCUAAUUUCUGCUUUCGAAGUUUUGUAAGACGUGUUAGUAAAGUAUCGUGAGUAUAAUAGUAAUUAUAUACUGUGAAAUACCAAAUAUGGAGAGACUGUAAUAAAAAUUUACAUACUGCGUUGAUAAAUAAUAAAAAUAACAUUUACUUCACACUACUGUACAGACUAUCACCUGAGAAGAACUAUUAUCAUAAAAGUCGUAUGCAAGUGAAAUUCGAUGCUAAAUACGAUUGAAAAUAGCCAAUAAUCUUACUUUCUGCGUAUCGAAUCCAAAAUCUGAAUAGCUCUGGCCGUUAUUAAAAUUUGCAUGUUAUUAACCCUGCAAAAGUACAGCAAGUUUAAUUGUUUCCGAAUGUGCACGAGUCACGUUCACAACAGGUUCUCAACCAGCGAAUCUAGUUUUCGCGUUUGCCGAUACGGUUUCCGUUCGGGGGCUGCACGAGAAGGCACAGCUGAGGCGCGGCGACAACGACGAUGGUGUAUGGUUCUGUUUUUUUUUUUGUUGGAAUAGAUAUCGAGUUAUCGUAUCGAGACUUGGAGAGAUCGCAGCCGCAGCGCGCGCGCCAGGCCCCGGCGCGCCAGUCAACCGCCGCUCCCCGCCGCGCGCGCGCGUUCUUACUUCGGACCGGUGAAAGGCACAGUGCACCUGCCCCGACCCGGCAGCCGUCACCGCACCGAAUCUAACACCGUUAUCGCCCCAAAUGACAGCCUAAUGGACGAACGAAAAGGUAGUCCAUGCAUGCUUGUGCUAACGUAGUGAAAAGUCUGUGGAGUGCAGUGUUGUGUUUAUGACGAAAUGGAGGAGGUUCGCAUAUCGGAUUGGCCCGAUCCACCGGGCUCACAUGCAUGGCUGCCCGCUUACGGCUUCCAGCAUGAGAUUUUGGAUAAAGAUGACUAUUUUUGCACCAAUGGUGAUACUGGCAGCACACACGCCCUUUACCUCGAAACGAUAGUCGAAGAGACUAGCGAUGAUCUGCGAUCCGAACGCUCUUCUGCUGCUACGUGGCUCUCUGACUCUGAUGCAGACUCCGUUAUACACGUACGCGGAGUUGCCGGUUCGGAAGACAGUGAGUCAGAACGAGAAUGGGCAUGCCCUGCGAAAAGAAGACGACGAGAAAGGACCACAUCACCCACCAGCUCCGGGUCCCUCUCGCGUUCCUCUAGUCUCGCGCAGUUCGAAUCCCUCGAGCGAUCUUGCGCAGCACCCACGUCGCCAAGUCUAUCGCCUGACUCCCUCGAGUCACCUCCUGCGUCUCCACCGCCAGCGAGGGCACCUGCACCACGCACCCAUCUCUCUGCCGAAAACCUAAGCGAAGACAGCGGUUACAGUGAACGUUCACGGCGGCCGCCCCCGCCGCAACGCCGCCCGCCCGAAAUAGCGCACCCGCCGCCCGCCGCCGGCAGUGUGCCAUGCCUCGCGACCGCCGUCAGUGUGGAGCGCCGCCCGCCUCGCGCCACGCGCGCUCUCUCCUUGCCCGCCGAGCUUGACGUAUGUGCCGAGCCGCGCCGUCACGUUUCUCAUCGCGCGCACUUCCGACAAACCUUCGAAGUCAGCGACAGCCUCACCGUCAGUGUGGCUGACCUGACCGCUCUCGACUACCGCGGGGGACCGCGGCGCCCGCGCUUGCCGCCACCUCCGCCCCCGCCGCGCGCUCCCCGUCAUCCGCCCCCGCCACCUCCCGAUGUCGUCACACGCCAACCCUCCGCUUCGCCGGCCCGCGAGCCGAGCGCCGGCAGCGACUCGACCACCGAGUCGGAGCAGGCGUUCGCCAACGAAAUGGAAACCACCGCCCGCCAGCUCGACGAGUCAGCGCGGCGCGCCCUCGCCGAGAGCGGCAAUUUUGACCGCGAACUAUCAGUAUUAACAGCGAGACGUCUGCGAGACUCCUGGGGAAUAUGGGACGACGUCUUAGACGAAUUACGACGGCGAAUGGAUCCUCAAUCGGCGACCCCGUCUCCACCCCGAACGCCGUCACCCGAUCCGUUAAGGGAACCCACUUUCACCUCGACGCCGCUGAGAGCGGGCGAUGCACGAGUGAGAUCGACCCCCGAAUUGCGCGCGAAAGCUACGCCACACCGUGAAACACCGGAAGAGCUACGCGCGUCGCUCCAACUCGUAGCGCCGCCACCCCCCGGCGCUACGCCACCCGUCCGUUCGGUAUCCGCCGGCUCGAAGGGUGUUACGUUCUCGCCGGUGGUAGCGGAGGUCAGCUGGAGAGAGACGAGUACGAGUACCACCGAGAGCGAAACGACCGCGAGCGACGACGCGGCCGACGCAGAGGUGGAGGUGGUGGAGGGGGGACGCGAGGAGGCGCACGCGCCGGCCGCAGAUCGCAUCGCCGUCAUGACGGAUGCGGGCGCGCGCGCGCCGCGCAGCCGCAUAGCGGGUUUCCUGUCGCGGUUCGCGAACUUCCGAUUUUCGGGUCGCAAAGAGAAAAAGUCACGGAGCGCAGGCGCGAACGCCCGCCCGUCGUCGAACGGUUCGGCAGCGGCAGACGCGGGGCAGGUACCGCGCGGGCCGGCCGGCGGGCCGCAGUAUGUGCGAAUCCCACUGAAAGAGGAGGGUGUGUCGCGUGCGGCGGCUCCCCCGGCGGCGGGCGGCGUGGCGCACAAGCCGCCGCGGCCGCGCCCGCCGCCCGCUCCGGCGCCAGGCGUGCUGGAGACGGAUGUGGACACCCAGCGCACGGUGCUCCAUGCACGGUCGCUGCUCGCGCUCGCGCCGCCCGACCAGCGCACGCCGAGACCUCACAAGUCCAUGGAAUUCCUCCUCGACAAGGACAGCGCCCAAACCGUACAGCCUCCAGAGAACGAGUUACAGAAGAAUUCUGAUCGUGUGCUCUCGGAGCACGAACUGCGAGUUCAGAGAUCAUUACAGAAGCUCAAUGUGCCCGAAUGGUACAAAAACGCACCAGCGCCCCGAGAGGGAUUUCUCCUACGAAAGCGGCUGUCGGAUGCGUCUGCGUCAGCCACACGAUGGAGUGGCCUCAACUCGAAGACCACGUCACUCGGCAGUCUUGGGAACAAUGCGCAGCCGCCACCUCCCCAACUUUCUCCACAUACCACCAGCUUCGGCAGAUGGUCUACUAGCAGACUUAAUUCAAAUCAAACGUCACCCUGUUCUUCAACUCGCAGCAGCAUCCGCGGCACGAGUCCUCUUUGCUCGCCUUCAGCGCGGUCCUCAUUCAGCGCACGGCAACCCUACCUCGGCUGGAGAAGCCAGGAACGACUGAACAGUACCCCUAGAACACCACACGAAAGGCUUGCUUCUUCUCUAUUGCAACAAUCAGCAUCCUCGAAGGCUUCCGAAGAGAUCCAGUCGUCUAUCAAGGAAGUGACGUCAGCGAUUGUCCACUACGUGUCGGCGUUGGAGCCGGCGAACGGUGACAUCGACCGGCAACCUUCGCCGCGCUCCAGCCAAAAGUUGUAUUGGCUUGAAAGCUCCUUUGUCGGUACUAAGCCCUUGGAAUCCCCGCAGACGCCCCUGGUGGUGUCAGAAGCGUUACCGCCGCCGCAUCCGCGACCGCCAUCUUCUCUACGACUCGACAAUCGCGCCGCGCCCGGUGAGCGAGCGUGACCACGUCACCAUACUACAUUGCAGCUUCAGACCUAUGACCACGCGACACAUUCCCCACCCACGCAUCAACGCAACGCGAACGCAAUGUUUCGCACACACGAUGCAGAGCGGUGCACAAAAAUCGGUCGAUUGCAUUUAUUGUUACGUCAUAAGUCUGAAACUGCAGUGUCUAUGUUAUAAUUAUGUUACGUUUAAAUACUCUGUGCGUUAUUUUUUGUUCUGUUCAGUGUAUUUUUUUUUUGUGAAAUGACUUUCAUCAUUGGAGGGGUCAUUUUGUGAAAUUUAUGUGUAAUAGAGCUUUAUAGACUGUGUUUAAGACUCAGGACCAUUAUAUUUUUUAUUGAUUAUUAGUAUGGUUAUUAUUUUUGUAACAUUCACGCACUAUUUUUGGUAUUAUGCAUUUUUGUUCAUUUUGUAUAAGUGUUUCACUUUUGCGCUAUGCAAAUAAAUAGCACAUGCUUAUAAUGGAUUAUUUAUUACGUUAUAACUUAUAUAUGUGCACCUUUUUGUGGAAAAUAUAUUAUUUAAUGUUGGUGUUACCAGUACAAAGUAUAAUGUUGAAUCAAUGUUCGUACAGCCAAGAUAUUACUUGACAUAAAUAUUCAAUGCAAUUUUAUAUUCCAAUUAUUCUUUUGUAAUAUUUAUCGCUGAUUCUAAACAUUUCAUAAUUUAAAUAGUCAAUAGUUAAGAUUAUAGUUAAUAUUGCCAUAAUUAUGAAUUCUAUGACACAAAAACCCAGUUGAUUCUUAGUAGUUUCAUUCAAUGUACAGAGUAAAUUAUUCGUUUUGUGUGUUUUAUUUUAAAUUAAGUUAUUAGUAUUAAAGAACUAGUAAAUACAGCGAUGUAAAUAAAUCAUUAUACUGUUUUAGGUGCUAAUAUUAUGAUAUUUACGUAAUUUUAUUGGUUUAAACUGUUUUUAUGUCUACGAAAUUACAAUAUCUGUUACGUAACCACACUGAAGCUUUAAUAGGGAUCACAAACAAUAUGUAGAUAUGCCAGUAAAAUGCCUAUUUAAUAUAUAUAUUAAUAUCAAAUUAAAUGGCAACAGUUAUCAGAACCAUAAGUGUAUGUGAUGGUGAGUAGUGACGUCAUACUGAUGUCUCAUAAGAGUUUAAGUUCCUUCAACUUAAAUCACCUCGUAAUUUAUGUUGGGGCUUUUGUUAGUCCCUAAGUAAAUUAUACAGGUUCUGAUUAGGUUAGAAAACGUACAUUUGCGUUCUUGAUUCGCACCGCCCGAAGCGCCGUUACCGCGUGACGAUUGUUUAAUCGAUGAUUAAACGUUUAAGAAUUAGUGCAUUGUAUAAUUUUAUAUAUAUAGUUUCAUUACAUUAAUACCAUCAGUGAAAUAGUAGCUCUCUAUGUCUACAUAUAUAUUCCAAAUACAUAUAGUACGUAUAUAACAAUGUUUCAUAUAGCUUAUUAAUUGUGUAUGUUAGAAUCUCGGUCACAUAUCCGUGUUAUUUAGUUUAGACUACAUGAAGUGUUAAGUCUUUCAUAAUAUUAUGAUUUCGAUCAUUGUAAUUUUAGUUAAUGUUUUAAUUAUAAUGAUUAUUGAAUAUAUUAAUUUUUAUUUUAGACAU